GCUAAAUUUGUAUUCAUGGCUAGAAUGAUGGUGGGAGGCAUCCUAGGUGGUCAUUUAUCAGACAGGUUUGGGAGAAGGUUCAUGCUCAGAUGGUGUUACCUCCAGGUCGUUGUUGGCACCUGUGCAGCCUUGGCUCCCACCUUCCUCAUUUACUGCUCACUACGCUUCUUGUCUGGGAUUGCUGCAAUGAACCUCAUAACAAAUACUAUUAUGUUAAUAGCUGAGUGGGCAACACACAGAUUCCAGGCCAUGGGAAUUACAUUGGGAAUGUGUACUUCUGGUAUUGCAUUUAUGACCCUGGCAGGCCUGGCUUUUGCGAUUCGAGACUGGCAUAUCCUCCAGCUGGUGGUGUCUGUACCACACUUUGUGGUCUUUCUGACCUCAAGUUGGCUGCUGGAGUCUGCUCGGUGGCUCAUUAUCAAAGGCUUAAAGGAACUUAGAAAAGCUGCACACAGGAGUGGAAUGAAAAAUGCCAGAGACACCCUAACCCUGGAGAUUUUGAAAUCCACCAUGAAAAAAGAACUGGAGGCAGCAUAAAAAAAAAAAAAAAAAAAAAAACCUCUGUGUGAAUUGCUCCACAUGCCCAACAUAUGUAAAAGGAUCUCCCUCCUGUCCUUUACGAGAUUUGCAAACUUCAUGGCCUAUUUUGGCCUUAAUCUCAACGUCCAGCAUCUGGGGAACAAUGUUGCAGACUCUCUUCUGUUGCAGACUCUCUUUGGUGGAGUCAUCCUCUCGGCCAAUUGUGUUGCACUUUGGGCACUGAAAUACAUGAACCGUCGAGCAAGCCAGAUGCUUCUCAUGUUCCUACUGGCAAUCUGCCUUCUGGCCAUCGUACUUGUGCCACAAGAAAUGCAGAUGCUGCGUGAGGUUUUGGCAACACUGGGUUUAGGAGCGUCUUCUCUUGCCAAUACCCUUGCUUUUGCCCAUGGAAAUGAAGUAAUUCCCACCAUAAUCAGGGCAAGAGCUAUGGGAAUCAAUGCAACCUUUGCUAAUAUUGCAGGAGCCCUGGCUCCCCUCAUGAUCAUCCUAAGUGUAUAUUCUCCACCCCUGCCCUGGAUCAUCUAUGGAGUCUUCCCCUUCAUCUCUGGCUUUGCUUUCCUCCUCCUUCCUGAAACCAGGAACAAGCCUCUGUUUGACACCAUCCAGGAUGAGAAAAAUGAGAGAAAAGACUCCAGAGAACCAAAGCAGGAGGGUCCCAGCAUGAAAGUAACACAGUUUUAA